CAAACCACGCCGCAAAACAAGCGAAUGUCGAUGCCGCAAACCCACGCGAACCGGCGAAAGAGGACUUACCUAACCUAUAAAUAACAGAAAUCACACGCGGAAAUUUGCGUCGUAUUUUGGUAAAGAAGGUAUAAUCAAUACUCAUUAAAUUAUUGAGCACAUUGCCGUAAAAGGGAGAAGAAAAUGUCUAGGUUAAAAAGACUCACUAUUCGAGGCGUAAGGAAUUUCAGUUCUGAAACUGAAUCCGCUGAAAUAAAAUUUACACGACCGAUGACGUUAAUACUUGGACCCAAUGGGACAGGAAAAACAACUAUUAUUGAAGCCCUAAAAUAUUCUACAAGUGGUGAUUUUCCGCCUGGCUCCGAUGGUGGAAAAUAUUUUGUCCACGACCCUAAGCUGACGAAUGCAACAACGGUCAGAGGUCAAGUAAAACUUGAAAUAAUCGAUAAAAAGGGUCAAUCGGUAACCGUGUGCAGGACUCUUGAAUGCGUACAGCAACCAAAAUCCGUAAAAAUGAAAUCUCUAGAUGCCACUGUGACUACAAUUAAUCCUGAUACAAAACAGAAAAUAAUGAUUAAUGGUCGUUGCGCUGACAUAGCCCAAACCAUGGUCACACACAUGGGAGUAUCGAAGCCAAUAUUAAACUACGUUCUAUUUUGCCAUCAAGAAGAGUUAAAUUGGCCCUUCGAAGAUGGGAAAAAACUGAAAGAGAAGUUUGACGAAAUAUUCGGUACCACAAAGUUUAACAAAGCAUUGGACAAUGUGAGAGGACUUAUUAAAUCCCGUACCGCCCUUACCAAAACGAUCAAAGCCGAGAAAGAAAAAUUUGCCGUGCUUAAAAAUGAAGUAACGGAAAGAGAGAAAAAUUUGGAAAAACUCCUUGAGAGAAAAGAAGAAUCCAUCGCAAGAAGCGAGAAAAUAAAGGAAGAUCUUAAACCCCUUCGUGAAAAGAUUCAAGCGCUUGAUGAGAAGGAAAAUGAAUACAGAACCACAACUAUAAAUGAGGAUAAGAAGAAAAUGGAGUACAAUUUGGCUAAAAAGGACGUUAACAAUCUCAAAUCGAGCAUCCAUAAGAUUUACGAAGGCACGACGGAGCAGCUUAAACUCGAACUGCAAGAAAAUGAAAGCUUUCUUUCGAAAAAGAAUGCUGAUAUAAGAGAAUUUGAAUUGAAAUUGCAAGCGGAGGCAAGGAAGGAAGAAAAAUUAGCGAAAGAUAUUGCAGAAUACAGGGUUCAAAUAGGAACUUUGAAGCAGAAAAUGAAGGAUCAUAAUGAUAGAAUUGCUAAUAGAAACAGGAUGCUAGAAAACGCUUUAGCCACCUUGGAUGUCAAGGUUUCUUUGAGCAACAUCUCAGAUAAUGAAAUUGAUGACUACCUGCGAACCUUGAAAGAAAAAUUUGAGGACCUCGAACGUGAUGCUGAAGACACUCGACAGCAAAAAGAAAUCGAAGAGAAACGUCUGCAACAACAAAUAGAUGUUCUGAGAUCUGACAAGUCGAAAGUCGAGUCUGAAACAAACGUACGAGAGAAGGAAUUGUCGGAGAUCAGAAAAGAAAUCACCACUGUCCAAUCUGAAAUUACGCAGGCGGGAGUAGCAGGAAAGAGAUUAAAUGAAAUCGAAAUGAAACUUCGUGAAGUAAAUAAUCGAUGUGAAGCUUUGGGCAAAAAGAUGGACGUGAAUGCUACUAAAGUUAAGAUAAACGAGGAGAUUAAGAAACGGAAUGAAAUUGAAAAUGAGAUUCAAAAAUUGGAUGAAGAGAUAUCAUUGAUGCAUCAGCAUAGUUCGUUGCAGGCUGAAUUGGAUUUGCAAAAAUCAGCCCGUGAAGCUAAAGAGAAAAAUUUGGAGUCCAUUAAGGAGAAACAUGCGUCGAAUUUAAAAAUUCUUCUAGAUGUGGACGAAAUUCCGAUGAAAAAACUGAGAAAGAGUCUGGAUGAAGUUCAUCAGAGAUUGCUUACAAAAAAAGAGACUUUAACUAAACAAUUGGAAACAGAGCAGCAUCGGACAACAAGUUUGCAGACGAUGAUUAGGCACAAUGUGGAUGAACUGAAGCAAAAAGAAGAUGAGCUGAAGAGUGACAAAGCAAAGGUAUCCGUGCAUUGUGAUUACAACAAUUAUGAUGAUGUUGUGAUGGAACAGUUAAAGAGAGUAAAAUCUCUCCAAGAUGACAGAGGGAUGUACGCUUACCAAGGAGCUGCCUACAAGAAAUACUUGGAAAAAGUUCAAGCCAAAGACCCCUGUUGUCCAGUAUGUAAUCGCGGAUUUCAGAAUGACCAAGAAGCAAAAAACUUGUCACAAAAAAUGAAGCGUGACAUAGAAUCUGUACCUGGUGCUUUGCGAGAAUGCGAGAGCAAAUUAAAAAUUGAACAGAAAAAGUACGAUUCGCUCUUGCAGUUAAAAUCUACCGUUGAAAAAAUACUCAAAUUUGAAGGAACGGAAUUAAAGAAAGCUAAGGAAGCGAUUGAAAUAAAAAGAAAGCAGUUUAAAGAGGCAGAGGAGAAAAAGGUCGAAAUACGUUCUCAAUUGAAGGACCCAGAAGAGAAGUUAAUAAUUUGGAAGAAUACGAGUGGUGAUAUCGUAUUAUGGGAUCAAUGUUUCGAUGAUAUUGAGAAAUUGGAUCGGCAAAUCGCAGCAAUUAAACGUCGAGUUUCGAAUGCAGGUGUCAAUUUCGAUAAGACGAUGGAAGAAGCUCAGCAAGAGCGAGAUACUUUAAAAAAUUCAAUUCGAGAGUGUAGAGAACAGAUUGAAAGUAUGCAAGCUGCGUUAAAUAGUCACUGUGAUAAAUUGGAAAAGGCGAAGGAACAACGACUUGGUUUUCAAGAGGAGAAGUUAAGGCUUUCAUCGAAUUUACAGAAACUUCAGCAGUUUCAUGAUAAGGCUCAAGAGUUGUCGACGAAAAAGGAAGUAUUAGUAAAAACCAUUCAGGAAUUACGUCAAAAACUUGUUUCGGCUGAAGACGAACUUGAAACCGCAAUUCAAAAUAUGGACAAGGCAAAGACAGAGAAUCACGAAAGUCUCAAAAGUGACAGAGAGAGGAUCGAUCGAGUUUCUAAACGUUUGUACGAAUUGAACAAAAUUCAAAGUGAAAUUGAGAAGUUUAUUGAGAAUGGAACUGAAGAAAAAUUGCAACGUGUUGAGGAGAAAGUAAAGAAUUUUGACGACAUGAUCAGCACUCUAAAAAACAGUAAAAGUACUCUGGAGAAAAAAAUUUCCAGCAUCAGAGAGGACAUGACUCAACAGGAAUUGAGCAAACGAACAUUGAUGGAUAACCUCACACUUCGUACAAAAGAAAAAGAUUUGGAUUGUUUAAAGAAGCAAUGGGAACAAUUCCAAGAAUGCGUUAAAAAUUUCCAAAUUGAAAGAGUACGAGCAGAGCGAAGGCAAUUGAGGGAAGAGGAGGAGAGCUUAAUGAACCAAAGAAGCAAGAUCGAAGGAACACAAGAAGAAUUGCGGCAAAAUAUUAAGCAGCUGGAAGCUGAACUCAGGAGAAGUGAGUACAAGAACGCUCGUCAAAACUUCAAGUACAAGGCCAUCGAAUUAGUGGCUACUCAAGAGGCAGUGGAAAACUUGAAAACGUACAGCAGAAUACUAGAUGCUUCUAUGAUAGAGUAUCAUGAAGAGCGAAUGAAUACAGUAAACAAAAUCAUGGAUAGAAUGUGGAACGUUGUCUACACCGGAAAUGAUACGUCGACCAUCCAAAUUCGAACAAACGCAACUGAAGGAACAGAUACUGCCAGAAGAACUUACAAUUACAAGUUGAUACAGAAGAAAAACGGAGUGGAAAUGGACAUGAAGGGACGUUGCAGCGCAGGACAAAGGGUGUUAACUUCUAUAAUAAUCCGAAUGGCACUGGCUGAAACCUUCUGCGGAGAGUGUGGUGUGAUGGCUUUGGAUGAGCCUACGACUAAUUUGGAUGAGUCCAAUUCUAAAAGUUUGGCAGACGCUUUAUGCACUAUCGUUAAUCUGCGGUCGCAACAGCAGAAGAGCUUCCAACUGAUUGUGAUUAGUCACGAUGAACCUUUUAUAACGAGACUGUCUCAGGCUAACUCUCACAAGGGCUAUUACCAACUUACGAGGGGUCCAGAUGGCAGAUCUCUAAUUGAUUAUCGCAACAUGACUGGUGCAGCUGUAGCGAAGCCCGUAGCUACUUUGGAUGAAUCCUCUGGGGACGAGGAUGAUUAUUAUGAUGGGGUAGCUACUGUUAAUGUUUAAAUCUAAGUCUUAAAUAGUUUUUAAAGUUUCUAAGAUGACAUUAUUUUAUAAUUCUUAUUAUUAUUAUCGAAAGUUGAUUUAAAAUCUACUUCAUGUGAUUCCAAUGUUUUUUGUACAAUAAAGUAGUUUUUCUAAUA